UUCCCUCCUUCCCUCCUUCCCUCCCUCCCUCCAUCCCUCCCUCGCCCCUGCCUUCGCCAUGCACAGCCCCCCCUGAGCCCCUCAGCGCCCCGGGGACCCGCUGUCCCCAGGGUGCCCAGCAGCCCUCGCCCUCCCACCACCCCGCCAGCGCCUUCAGCCUCUUCUCCCUCCCUCCCUCCCUCCCUCCCUCCCUCCCUCCUCCUCCUCCUCCCGCAGCCACCACCCUCCCUCCUUCCCCAGGGCCUGCCUGGCAUGGAGGUGCUGGCCGCAGGGAGCCGGAUGCUUCCCGCAGCUCCUGCCUCCUCCCCGGGCUGCAUCCCUCCUGCCCAGCAUCCCUCCUCCCCGACAAAGCCCUGAGCCGCUCAGCAGCCCCCUCCUCUUUGUGCACCGGAGCGGGUGUGCGUGCUCCGUGUGUCUGUGUGUGUCUGUGCCCUCCCCUCACCCCCGUAGCCACACACCCCCCCCGGCUAGCUCCGCUCGGACGGUUGGUGGCCCAGCGGGCAAGCGGGAGCGAUGCUGCCCUCGCCGGAGGAGCCAAGCGCGGGAGGUCGGCGGCGAGAAGCAGCGCCUGUCACCGGCCGAUGCUGACAUCCCCCCCAGACUCACCGGACCCUCCACUCCCACCCCAGGGCUCCCACCCCACCAUGCCCCAGCAGAGCUGCAGCCCCACCGCCCGGGGCUCCCCAACCCAUCCCACGUGCCACCGGUCCAUCCAUCCCGCGCCAUGAGCGGGGCCGUGCGGUUCCCCUGCAUCGGGGCGCGUAGCUGAGGGAUGGCCUCGUUGGACCUGCCCUACCGGUGUCCGCGGUGCGGGGAGCACAAGCGCUUCCGCAGCCUCUCCUCGCUGCGGGCACACCUGGAGUACAACCACACCUAUGAGACCCUCUACGUCCUCUCCAAGACCAACAGCAUCUGCGAUGCCGCCGUCUUCCCCCUGGCCGCCGACGGGGCCCUGCUGACCCCGGCCGCCCGGCGGGACUACUUUGAGAGCACCUCCUUCCAAGGCAAGGACCAGCGCUUCUCCUGCGACCUCGUCCCCGCCGAGGAGCUGGAGCCGGCCCCGUCCUCCUCCCCCUCGCCCCGCUAUGUCCACGAGAUCGAGAUCCCGCUGACGGAGAUCUUCACGCGGGGCAAAGCCGUGGCGCCGGCCCCCGCGCCGCCGGCCACCAUGGACGCUGCCUACGAGGAAGGCUUGGCCCGCCUGAAGAUCCGUGCCUUCGAGAAGCUGGAGGUGGACAAGCGGCUGGAGAAGCUGACGGAGGAGGUGGAGCAGAAGAUCGCCUCGCAGGUGGGCCGGCUCCAGGUGGAGCUGGACCGCAAGAGCUCGGAGCUGGAGAAAGCCAAGCAGGAGAGCCUGCGGCUCAGCCGGGAGAAGCAGGAGCUGGAGGACCGGGCAUCGGAACUGUCUCGCCAGGUGGAUGUCAGCGUGGAGAUGCUGGCCUCCCUCAAGCAGGACCUGGUGCAGAAGGAGCAGGAGCUCACCCGCAAGCAACAGGAGGUGCUGCAGAUUGACCAGUUCCUGAAGGAGACAGCCGCCCGCGAGGCCAACGCCAAGGUCCGUCUCCAACACUUCAUCGAGGAGCUGCUGGACCGGGCGGACCGGGCCGAAAAACAGCUCCAGAUCAUCAGCAGCAGUUGCGGCACCACCCCGAACGGCAGCCUGGGACGCUGCGGCACGCCGGGGGCCAAGGCCGCCGGCCGACCGGUACCUCCACGGGCACAGAGAGACCGGCACCCGGGGCCGGGGCCGGCCGUGCACGGUCCUUACGGCGUGUCCAACCAGCGCUCCUCCUCCAGCACCGGGGCCUCGAGCCGGGCGAAAGCCGUGUCGCAGAGCUCGGGCUGCUACGACAGCGACAGCGCAGAGCCGUGCCCCACCGACGACACCGCCGACGGGCAUCCCUACCCGGCGCGGGACGGCGGCCGGGGCUCGGGGCUGCGCCGACAAGCCAUCCAAAAUUGGCACCGCCGGCCCUACCGCAACAGCACCGAGGGGGAGGAGGGCGACGUCUCCGACGUGGGCUCCCGCACCACCGAGUCGGAGGCCGAAGGCUGGGAGCCGGAGGCGCCCGGAUCCGCUGCAUCCCGACCCGCCGGCAGCUGCCGGCUGACGGCCAGGACCGAGGGGGCCGGGGGCAAGGCGGGCCGGCUGGAGAGGGGCAGCCCGGGCCACUCCAGCGAGGUGAUCAGCCCCGAGAUCCUCAAGAUGAGGGCGGCUCUUUUCUGCAUCUUCACCUACCUGGACACCAAGACCCUGCUGCGGGCGGCCGAGGUGUGCAAGGACUGGAAGUUCGUGGCCCGGCACCCGGCCGUGUGGACACGGGUGCUGCUGGAGAAUGCCAGGGUGUCCUCCAAGUUCCUGGCCAUGCUGUCUCAGUGGUGCACCCAGAUGCACUCCCUCACCCUCCAAAACCUCAAGCCGCGCCAGCGAGGGAAGAAGGAGAGCAAGGAGGACUACAUGAAGAGCACGCGGGGCUGCUUGGAAGCCGGGCUGGAGUCCUUGCUGAAGGCGACGGGCAGCAACCUGCUCAUCCUCCGCAUCUCGCACUGCCCCAAUGUGCUGACGGACCGCUCGCUCUGGCUGGCCAGCUGCUACUGCCGGGCCCUCCAGGCUGUCACGUACCGGAGCUCUACGGACCCCGUGGGUCAUGAAGUCAUCUGGGCCCUUGGAGCAGGUUGCAGGGACAUCAUCUCCCUCCAGGUCGCACCUCUACAUCCGUGCCAGCAGCCGACGCGUUUCAGCAACCGCUGCCUUCAGAUGAUCGGCCGGUGUUGGCCACACCUGCGGGCGCUGGGCAUUGGAGGGGCGGGCUGCGGCGUCCAGGGACUGGCAUCCUUAGCCCGAAACUGUAUGCGGCUUCAGGUCCUGGAGCUGGACCACGUGGCGGAGAUCAACCAGGAGGUUGCGGUGGAGGUGUGCCGAGAGGGGCUGAAGGGGCUGGAGAUGCUGGUGCUGACCUCCACACCGGUCACCCCCAAAGCCCUGCUGCACUUCAACAGUGUGUGCCGGAACCUGAAGUCCAUCGUCGUGCAGGUGGGCAUUGUGGACUACUUCAAGGAGCCCCAUAGCCCUGAAGCCAAGAAGAUGUUUGAAGAAAUGGUGAACAAACUCCAGGCCCUGAGGAAGAGACCGGGCUUCUCCAAGAUUUUACACAUCAAAGUGGAAGGAGGCUGUUAGACCUUCAGGGAACCACAAAGCACAUUCCCUCCUCUGCUCGGCGGAGCCAGAGGCCCCGCGAAACCAAACCCACCAUCCGCCGCUCAUCCGUUGCCGGAGGACCUGGAGCACGGAGAUGCUGGCCCAUGCACAAAAAAAGAAAAAAAAAAAAAAAAAAUAAUCCAAACUCUUUGCAGGCCUUAGUGACUGGCAGCCGGCGCUCAUCCCCGGGGCCAGCUCGCAGGCGAGAAGGUGCUACUUAAGGAAAUUUUUCAGCCGCCCAAAGAGGCAGGGCUACACUCUUUCCUGGGAUGGAAGAUGGAUUCAAACCCCCUGCGGCCGCUCGUUGCCAAGGAUCCUUGUUUGGGGAAUAUCUUUUUUCUUCGAACUCUCUUUCUUGGGGGGGCGGGGAAGAGUUUUUGGCUGUUUGAUGGUGUGGGAGAUGAGGAUGGCUCAGCCUGUCCCUGCGGGCUCUUUGCAGAGGGCUGGGCUCGGCACCGCCGUGUCACGGCUGGACCGUCCCCGUCCACUCUGUGGGCUGGUGGAGGUGGGGUGGGAAGAGGCCGUUCCUCAAGAGGCAAUGGCGCCCACCAUUCCUGCAGGGUUUCCGCUCAUUUUCAUUUAAUUUGUUUAACAGAGGGGCACCCAAACCUGGGUAAACACUGCCCAGAAACCAGCAGCCAGGACAGCACAAGCCCAAAAGGCAGAGCUGCAUCGCGGGGGCUGUGGGAGCCAGAGGACACCAGGAGAGAAGGUCGCUCUUCCAGAGGUUUCCAGCCUCACCUCCUCUCCACCCAAACCUUCCCGCCAAGGCAAUAAAACAUCUCCAAAAUCCUUGUCCACCAGGAAACACGGGUCAUGCUUCUGUCCCACCAACAUCCACCACCUGCUCAGGCUUCCUCCAGACCAAGUUGUUCCAUGCAGAGAGAGGGACUGGCAUGGGACACCCACGUUUGCCAUCUCGUCGCCUUCCCGAGCAGCCUGAAGGAGAAACCUUGGCCAAAUUGUCCUGAAAUCCAAAGCUGCUGGUGAAAGCACCAACCCAACUGCCCUGGGAGAUCCCUCGUCUAUGGCCACGGCUGUUUUUUUCAUUCUGCUUUGUUCUUCUGGCUAGCUUCUGCCUGCAAGUACAUCAUGACCCCCCCAAAAUACCCUUCUUUUUUCCAAAGGAAAAGGCUUUUGUAAGGCAUCCAGCAGGGUCAAGCGUCUCCAUCCUCCACCCUGGGGAGAAGGUGCCAGGAGUUGCCCACGCCACGGGGGGACACCCAUCACAUCACUGCCAGCUGCAGGGACACACCGGCCUUAAGCGCAGCCCCCCUGCCACCCCGAGCCCCAACCAGGUGUGCUUGGACCCAACAUGCUGAGCUGAGAGGAACCAACCGGGAAAAGCAGAUUUUGGGUGGGUUUGUCCUCUUCUCUGGACCACCGUUGGAGGUUUUUGGUGCCUGUUGGCCAGCACGGCUGCGAGGAGAUGGCCCUUCCCAGGGCAUCUCCCCUUCCUCCAGCCCUCCCGGGGUGAUGGGCUGCCACGGACCAUCUGCCCAGGAGGGAGAAGGCUGCGGCCCCAUCCUGGUACCACCUUCCUCACCUGCAGCGUGAGAGCUGCAGACCUCAGCUGGGGCCUCCCCGCAUGCCAACAGCCCAUGGGGAUCUCGACAGAAAAUAAAAUUUGUUCCAAAUCGCUGAAGCUGGUGGUGGGCUGGAGGCAGCUCCUGGGUCUCCAACCCCAGAAAGCACCUCAGGAGACCAUUUCAUCCACCCCUCAGCCCAUCUGCGCUGUCUCCUCUGAAACAGGGUAGGGAUUUUUGGCCAUAACCCCCUGUUGGAAGCACCUCUGUUCCCCCACUGACUGCAGCUUUCCAGGAGAAGGCUGCUCCCUGUAUGCACAAAAUGUGGGAGCUCAAAAAAAAAAAAAAAAAAAAAAAAAAAGAAAA